AUGGUCCGAGACCAACCUCUGAUCAGACCCAAGUCACGCCUGGAGGCAUUGCCUGCGGAAAUAAUCCAGGAGAUCUUCCUGCGCUGCCUGGAGAUCAAUCUCCCGCGAGCCUCUAUUCAUCUUGCGCGGGCGCUCUCCAACCCUGUCAUAUAUAUAUGGCUCAUUAAGCUUGCCUUUGCCAAGGCAGACGGCGAUGGAGAAUCUAUCCACACGCGGCACUUUCUGCCUCCGCAUGAUAUUGUUGGAUACGUUGGCGGUGAUGGGCUAAAGGAGCUCCGCACUCAGAUUCUUGAGUGCCGUUGGUGCACCCUGCCCUUGAUUCGCCGCUGUCAGCUGGCUUUUCUCCAACAUGUUAUCCAAUACAAGCGUCCUGACUUCAACGUCGUCCCUAACGACCAGCACCACCUUGCUGCUUUUGCGAAGUGGUUUGACAAUCCCAACCCCUGUUAUACCACUUCGAACGGGCAACGCGGCGAGCGUGAUCUAGUCUUACGGGCCAACCGGCCCGGCAGUGAAUUCAAUGAAUCCGACCCUAAACGCUCACAUGACUAUAACGUUGCGGUAUGGUUCAAUCUCGGCAUUGUCGAGGUUUUCAGAGCGAGGGAAGGAGAUCCCAAGGGGAAAAUCUACUUCGAGCUUCCGUAUUGCGAGGGCUCUCAUCUGCCAGACAAGCUACUAUGUGCGCCCUGGACGAAAGAAAAGCUCGAAUUCCUGCAGUUGAUCUCGACAAGAGCAUUUCUUGAUAGGGAUACCAACUACGACCGUGCAACUCGCACUCUGCGCCGUCUGAUCCGUGAUCGUGAUUUCCCUAUCUUUGCGCGGUUGCUGGACAUUUAUGUGCGGAUUGAGUGUUACGGGUUCCCGAUUAUCUGGCCAACCAAUAAUAUGAUAUUUCGGGCGGCAUUAAAGCAUGCCGAUGAGCAGGGUGACCCUUUCGUUCGCUUACUGGUUGAGGAACGGUGGGAUCACAUUGAGUCUGAGGGUGUCAUUCUGAAAGAGAAGUUGAUGAGGAAAAUGCUGAGUUGGGGGUAUAUCUAA